UCCACUCAAAAACUAAAACGAAAUUAACCAUAUUUCCCUCCUUCCCUUAUCUUCUUCUUCUCCACACCACACUUAAAACUUAAGACUAAACUAAUUUCCUCUCACUGCUCUGUUCUUCUGCAAUGGACCAUCUCCAUCACCAGCCAUGAUUAGCCCACCUUUUCCCUCUUCUUCCUCCUCUACUUCUUCUCCAUCUCCAUGCCCACCUCCCCACUCCCUCACUCUCCACUGCUCCUCCGUCUCUUCCAAACCCACUCGCCACUUCCGCCUCUACGCCACUACUAACGCCCCACCAUCCCCUGACCUCUCUUUAACCUCCGUUUCUUCUACUGCCCCCGCUUCUUCCGCUACUAACACUAACGAUGAUCAAACUCUAUUAUCUCUCCUCCGCCAGAGACAAACUGAAAAAGCUUGGAACUUUUACUCUCAAUUACCUCAUCUUCCUAACCCCACUUGCCUCAGCCGCUUAGUCUCUCAACUCUCUUAUCAAAACACACCUCUCAGCCUCUCACGCGCUCAGUCCAUUCUCACGCGCCUCCGCCACGAGCGCCAGCUCCACCGUCUAGACGCUAAUUCUCUCGGUCUUCUUGCUGUCUCCGCCACCAAAUCUGGCCAGCUACCCUAUGCUGUUUCGUUAAUAAACUCCAUGCUCCGUUCUGGGUAUCUACCUCAUGUUAAAGCUUGGUCAGCUGUGCUCAGCCGCCUUGCUUCUUCUCCUGACGACGGCCCCCGACAAGCUAUCAAGCUCUUUCAUUCAAUUCUCCGCCGUGUACGCCGCUUCUCUGAGGUGGCAGUGGUGGCUGAUACCACUCCUGACACUGCUGCUUUUAAUAAUGUUCUCAAUGCUUGUGCUAAUUUAGGUGAUGGGAAAAUGUUCCUGCAGCUGUUCGAUGAAAUGUCUGAGUUAGGAGUUAAGCCCGAUAUUUUGACGUAUAAUAUUAUGAUUAAAUUGUGUGCGAGAUGUGAUCGAAAGGAUUUGCUUGUGUUUGUUUUAGAAAGGGUGAUUGAGAAGAAAAUUCCUUUGUGUAUGACCACUUUGCAUUCUCUUGUUGCUGCAUAUGUCGGGUUUGGCGAUCUCGACAUGGUGGAGAAAAUGGUUCAGGCAAUGAGAGAAGGAAGAAGAGAUCUCUGUAAGAUACUUAGAGAGGCCAAUAUGGAGGAUUUGAGUCAAUAUGAGGAACUUGUAAUUGAGAAUAAUAAGAGAUUGAAUCAAAGUAGGAACAAUAUGUAUGUGUUUGACAAGUUGCUUCCGAAUUCUAUUGAAGCUCGUAAUUCUGAGCCACCGCUGUUGCCUAAGGUUUAUGCACCCGACUCUAGAAUUUACACUACAUUAAUGAAGGGUUAUAUGAAUCAAGGCCGCAUAAGUGACACUAUAAGAAUGCUCGAGGCAAUGAGGCGCCAGGAUGAUAAUAAGAGUCAUCCUGACCAUGUAGCGUAUACUACGGUUAUUUCUGCUCUUGUUAAGGCAGGUUCUAUGGACCGUGCUCGUCAGGUACUAGCUGAAAUGACAAGAAUUGGUGUGCCUGCUAAUCGGAUCACGUAUAAUAUUCUGAUCAAGGGCCAUUGCAAGUAUCUUCAGAUCGAUAAAGCUAAGGAGUUACUUAAAGAAAUGGCUAAUGAUGCUGAGAUUGAACCCGAUGUGGUUUCAUAUAAUACUCUGAUGGAUGGGUGUAUACAGGCUGGUGAUAGUGCAGGGGCUCUUGCGGUUUUCAACGAGAUGCGAGAGAAAGGAAUUGCUCCGAGUAAGAUAAGUUACACUACUUUGAUGAAAGCAUUUGCCUUGUCAGGUCAACCGAAGUUGGCUGAUCAGGUAUUCAACGAGAUGUUCAAAGAUCAGCGAGUGAAAGUUGAUUUGAUUGCGUGGAAUAUGCUUGUUGAGUCAUACUGUAAACUGGGAUUGGUUGAAGAAGCAAAGAAAAGAAUCCAGAAAAUGAAGGAGAGUGGGUUCUACCCGAAUGUAUCUACAUAUGGAAGUCUAGCAAAUGCAAUAGCAUUGGCUAGAAAACCAGGGGAAGCACUUAUAUUAUGGCAGGAAGUGAAGGAGAGGCUGAUGAAGCAAAAAGAUGGGGAAAAUUCUAAUUCCAAUUCACCUUUACCGCCGGAGUUGAAACCCGACGAGAGCUUGCUUGAUACCCUGGCUGAUAUUUGUUUGAGGGCUGCUUUCUUCCAGAAGGCACUGGAAAUAGUGGCGUGUAUGGAAGAAAAUGGAAUACCGCCGAAUAAGACUAAGUAUAAGAAAAUAUAUGUAGAAAUGCAUUCUACGAUGUUUACUAGUAAACAUGCCUCACAAGCUAGGGUCGACAGGAGAAAAGAGCGGAAAAGAGCAGCUGAGGCUUUCAAAUUUUGGUUAGGCUUGCCAAAUUCUUAUUAUGGGAGUGACUGGGGUCAGACCUACUGAAUAAUACUGAUGGUGCGAUGCUUAUACUUGAGAUGUAAUGUUACGUUGUACAAAAGAAAUGCACUCAAAUGUGUCAUGUUGAAUAGAGAAUUCUGAAUUGAUUCAUGUAUAAA